ACAAACAAUAUUUCUAAUUCCAAUUCUUUUCUCAACUACAAGUCUUUUCUUUCUCCCUCUUAUUCAAUAUCCUAUUUUGUUAUACAAGUACCAAUUCACAACAAAGAAAAUCUCAAUCUCAAUCUCAAUGUCCAUGCAUAGAUCACUAUGGUUACCAUUGUCCAAUCCAACAACAUACCAAUCUUUAAUGGAUCCAAUUCCAAUAACUCCAACUCAUUCUCAUUCUAUUGGAUGGCAAGAAACUUGGCCUUUCAUUCUUGCAACCCUCUCAAUUUAUUUUUGUGUUUCAGUUAGUCUUUUAUAUGGAUUCUAUGGCGAUUCUCGUUUGAUUCUUGGUCCAAGUUCGUCGCGUUUGGUGAAAGUAACUUCAGUUUUUGUCGAACAAAUUCAAGUAUCUAAUGAGUAUACUACUAGUAAAAAUCAUGUUCAUCUUUAUGCGUUCAAUGAGAAACCUGAGUUAAGUUCCCAGACAAAUUGGACUACGUCGAAGUUUUUAUCUCUUCAAGCGUAUAGUCGGAAGGGAAUUUCUUUGUGGUUAAAUAAAGGCUCUACUAUAUUUUUGAGGUGGGAAGCAGAUGCUGGUAGUUUAAAUCAACUCAAAGGGAUAGUGAUUAAAGGAGAAAGGAGGUAUGAAAAACUAAAGCCUAAACAAACUACCUUCCCUGAGGCAAUGCCAAUGGUUGUCAAAGAGUCUCACAAUGGUAAAGAAGCUGAAUACAUUGUUGAGGAAGAUGAUAGGUACCACAUUGCUGUUCUAAACAUGAAUCCAAGGAACAUAAUCUUGACCAUGAAUGUCAAUGUUUCUGCAAAGAUAUAUGACACUACAAAGUCCACAAAUAUGUGCUCUACUUGGAAUGGAUCAUGCAAACUUGACACUUUUUUCCCUAUCACAUAUUAUGUAAUCCUCACAUCAUCAAAAAAUGGAAAUAAUGAUGAUGAUGAUGCAUGGUUUGUUGAAGUUUCUUUCUUGGCUCGAGUUUUUUCCUAUGUAAUUCUUCUAGGAAUGUUCAUGAUAGUGAUUUUUCUGAUAUUGAAAUGUCUUGGCAGUGGCGAUGGUGAUAACGAUAAUGUAGUUGCAGCGCAAGAAGUAACCGAAACCGAACCUCUCGUACAUGCGCAGACGAAUAUAGUGACUUAUGGAACAAACAAGUUUCAUGAAAAAGAAGACUCAGAAUCAGAAUCAGAUGCGUUAAGUAGUUCUUCGGAAGAGUUAUACAACGAAAAGUUGUGUAUAAUUUGUUAUGAUGAGCAAAGAAAUUGUUUCUUUGUUCCUUGUGGUCAUUGCGCUACUUGCUAUGAUUGUGCACAAAGGAUUAUGAAUGGGGAGAGUAAGGUUUGUCCUGUUUGCAGGAGACUUCUUCAUAGAGUGAGAAGAUUGUUCAAUAGUUAGGCUCAUAGUUCUAAUUUGGAAUCUACAACAAUUUUUUUUUUUUGUGUAAUGUAAAGAUUUUGGAGUCUGUAAUCGCAAUUUUAGGCGCAUUGGACACAAUUUAUAUGUUUGCAACUUCAGUGUAAAAAUUGUGUCUGAUUUUUACUUCUGUUUUUGAGGAAAUUUAAUUCAAGAGAAUAUCUUCAAGCUAUAAGGUUAAACUCUUAACAUCAAUUUAUCAAAUACAAAGAAAUGUUAUUGUCAUU